CCAAAACCACAUCUCUUAAAUCUCCACACCAAGGACCAAGGUGGUCUAAAGUCUAAACUCAUUUUCUCAUUUGCUAAUUGAGAGAGAGUGUAUAACUGAACGAUGUUCUUUGCUAAAGUCGAAAGGACUGAUCUUUAUAUUUGGGUUGUAAUAACAUUUUUAGUCUCGACUCAACGCUGAGCAUGUCGUAAAAACCAAAGUGGAUUCACUUUUAGAGAUCGAAUCAAUUACAUGGUACUUUUUUCUAAUUUUGAAUUGAUAUAAGGGGAUAUAUAACUCGCAAUCAAUCUUUUGAAACUUAUUCUGUGUGACAUCAACCUUAUUUCUAUGUCAAUAUUUUCGUUGUAUAUUAUUUUGUAAUUAUUUCUACAUGCUAAAACCUAGCUAGGUGGACGCAUAUAUCGCCAAGAAGCAAGUCCUCUUGAGAUGAGAAGUUUUAUGUUCACACGAAAAAAGUAAUCGGACACCACAACAUAUGUUUUAUCAUGUUUGAACUAAUUAGUAAUCAGAAACCACAACAUCCGGAAAGCUAAACUGAUAUUUUGUUUUUCAUUCUGUCGUGGUAAUCAUAUAAGACAUACCAGCUCUCAGAUAUCUACGUACUACAGGAUAAUAAAGGAAUUAAUAUGCCAACUGAUUUGGGUUUACAUCGCUUCCUAUGAAAGAUUACUAGUUUGGAUUUCACAUUUGGACAAAGUUAAGCACAUGAACUUUCUAAAUAAUAGCAAAAAAGAAAACUGAAAGAAUGUAUUACAGAAAAGGUUAGAAGCAAAUGAACCAAAAGGAAACACUUAUUUACGAAAGAAGAAACAAAUGAAGAGAGCGAGAAUCGCAACUGUGCUUAAUAAGCCAGAUUCCUUAUGUUUCAUAGGAACCACUUUAGCUUUUCGUUGUUUUCAGUUACCUACAAGUCUUUGGACUUUGUCUUGUUCGAUUUAGUACGACAACAGUUAAAAAGUACAUCUCCUAUCUUUUUUUUUUUUUUUUAAACAAAACAAUCUUCAAAUGCUUCAUAUAUUUGCGUUGAUUUAAAAAGUAUUGCUGGUGAGAGAACUAUGAUAUAAUAUAAUCUCCAUAAGUCAUUAUAAUCUUGCCACUGAUAUAGGACACAAAUAAAGUAAAAACGUAACUAGUUCCAAUUUUUUUUUUUUUUGUAAAAUCUCUAGGUGUUACUAAUAGGUGAUGAGAUUUGAAGCUUCUCACCAAGAAAGAAGAAGGAGCUUCUUAUAUAUUUUUUCAUGUACUAUAAGUUUAUCUGUAAAUACCUUUUCCUCUUUAUGGCGUUUUCUCUUGCUUGCCGAUUCUUCUAGCUUCCUAGCUAGUUUCCCCUUUCUCAAGUUUUCUUAUAUUCUCUCCUACAUGUCUUCGCAUCCCUUCUCUCUCCCAUCCCAAGAAAUCUUUGAUUCUAUGAUUCUUCUCUUUUCUCUUCAUCUUUAUAAUAACAUAUAUCUCUACCUGAGAGGGAACUUCUUCGCAACCAUUCUUUCUUUCUUCUACCAAAUCCCAACAACUACCUGAAGACUAUUAUUCUCUCUCUCUCUCUCUCUCUUUCUCACAAAAUCUUAAUUACACGAGAAACGGAAAGAAAAUGACUCCCCACAUAGCUCCUCGAUGUUUCUCCACCAUCAUACUUCUAUGGCUUCUAUAUACUUCACCUCUAGAUGUUAUAGCUCAAGGUCAGGGAGGACAAGGUGAUAUACCAGUUGUUAAUCCUACAGCUCCCGGUGGUAGUACCACCACACCAACCAUAACACAACCAUCACCGCCUUCCUUGACAUUCCCAGGUCCAACUACACCAACAACUACACCAACUGGUGGUUAUCCACCACUUGACAGUACCACACCAACUGGUGGUUACCCACCCCUUUAUGGUACCACACCACCAGGUGGUGGUGAUGUAGGUGGUGGAGGAGGCGGUUAUGGUGGUGGUGCACCUGGUGGAGGUGGAGGUGGUGACACUGGUGCAGGUGGUGGAGGUGGCGGUUAUGGUGGCGGUGGGGGUGACACUGGUGCAGGUGGAGGUGGUAGUGGUCAGUGGUGUAUAGCGAAAGCAAAUGCUUCGCCAACAUCAUUACAGGUGGCUUUGGAUUAUGCUUGUGGGUAUGGAGGAGCUGAUUGUGGCCAGAUACAACAAGGUGCAGCCUGUUACGAGCCUAAUACUAUUCGUGAUCAUGCUUCCUUUGCUUUCAAUAGUUAUUACCAGAAGCAUCCUGGCUCAGACAGCUGCAAUUUUGGAGGAGCAGCACAACUCACCAGCACAGAUCCAAGUAAAGGAAGCUGUCACUUCUCAUCAUCAUCAGGAACAGUCAGUACAAGCCCGCCAAGUCAAAUGAGUCCACCAGAUUUUAAUUCCCCACCAUCUACAUACCCACCCCCAAUAACAACUCCAACUACAGGCAUAACUGGUUCUGGACCACCCUUUGGCGUAGCAGAGCCAACCGGGCUUCCGAGUUCAGCAACCUCUGUAUCACAUAGCCUUCUCUCAAUAUUUACAGCAGUUGGGAUACUAAUGCCACUGCUCAGGGAAAAUUAUCUUUAAACGGAAAACAGUUUCAGGGUUCCAAUCAUUCUCUGCAAAUUAUGAAGUGCGUUUCCGAUAUCCACGAUUACGAUCUAUGGAGUUCAAGAAAGCCGCCGUGAUCUGCAAGAAGAUUUUAAUCCAUGACCUAACUCUCACCAUCUGUUCUAUUGCUAUAGUUUAUCACUGAAAGUAUAUUUAUUUAGUAGGAGAUAUUACAAAUUCAAAGGGCUUAGGAUAUAUACAUUCUUGUAGACACAUUAAGCAUAAUGUAUCUCUCCACAGUUUUAGAAUAUAAAAUACUUAGG